AUAAAAACACUCGCCGUUGGGACCCCCGACCUUGGGUUUAUUUCCACGGAGCCGGAGGGAAAGAGGCGCCGCUGCGAAAGCUUGGAAGAACACAGCAAUGGCGAGAAUCAAGGUUCAUGAACUGAGGGAGAAGACGAAGGCUGAGCUGCUCAACCAGCUCAAGGAUCUGAAGGCUGAGCUUGCUUUGCUCAGAGUUGCUAAGGUCACUGGCGGUGCACCGAACAAACUUUCCAAGAUUAAGGUGGUCAGGUUGUCCAUAGCUCAGGUGUUGACCGUCAUAUCUCAGAAGCAGAAGGCUGCAUUGAGGGAGGCAUACAAGAACAAGAAGUUUUUGCCUCUUGAUCUGCGCCCUAAGAAGACUAGGGCUAUCCGUAGAAGGCUCACUAAGCACCAGGCAUCAUUGAAGACCGAAAGACAAAAGAAAAAGGAUACAUACUUUUCCAUGAGGAAAUAUGCCAUCAAGGUGUAGGAUAUUUGGGCUAUCUUCUGUGUGUUUUUUAUAUUAGUGACAAUUUUUUUUUUUAAUUGAGUUCAUGUUUUGUUAUGAGUUUUUGGUGAUUGGUGUUCCCUCUAUACUCUACUAGGUUUGCUGGAGUGUCAUUCUAUGAAUAGAAUGCAGUUCAGUUUUGAUGCUUCUGUUUUUGUUUUUCAUUCGGCAUAACCUUUGAUAAAAAAGGAGGGGAAUGACGCAAGUUAGUACUUGGUCAAAUAAUGAAGGUUCUUUGGUAUUUUUUAGGGGUUGUUUGGAUGCUCCAAUAA